CCAAAAACUGAGUCCACGCCACCAUGUAUAUAUAAGCAUUAACUUAAGCAAGAAUGAGAUAACACAAUAGAAGAAUCCCAAAAAACGAAGAAAGACCAAAAAAAUGGCCAAAUCUUUUACCCUUAUGAUACUCAUCUUCUUCAUCGUGAUGAUAAUCUCUUCACCUCCGAUCCAAGCCGGCUUCACCAAUGACCUCGACGGUCUAGAGUGGGCAACGAGCGGAGUCCAUGGCUCAGGCUGUCACGGUUCAAUAGCAGAGUGUAUCGGGGCAGAGGAAGAAGAAAUGGAUUCAGAGAUCAAUAGAAGAAUAUUAGCGACCACAAAAUACAUAAGCUAUCAGUCGUUGAGACGGAACAGCGUGCCUUGUUCUAGAAGAGGUGCGUCUUAUUACAAUUGUCAGAACGGAGCUCAAGCUAAUCCUUACAGUCGUGGUUGCAGCGCAAUUGCUCGUUGCAGGAGUUAAAACUCUACAAAACAAUGAUACAAAAACUAUAUAUCUUCUUGAUUUAUAUGUUUUCUUUAAUUUAUCCUCAUAGGUUGUAUUUUGGAUUUGAAUGUGAAUAAUGCUGGGUUUUAUAGGAUCCAUGAAGUGUUUUUAAUAUUUAAUAUAAUCUUUAAAAAUAUUCAUGUC